AUGCAGGACAUUAUUGACCAUUUACCCAAAUUGCCUGAAAUCCAACAACAAAAACUCACUAUUCCUGAAUUCGACGAAAUUGAAGUGAAACCAACUGACUCAGUAGAAAUAAAGAAGUUCAUACGUAAAGUAAAUUAUGAAUUCCUUGGUUUUCAUUGCAACCAUAAAGUUAUGGACAAAGAUUGCGACAUGGUAUAUAAAAACAUUUCUGACAUAUAUAAAUCUGAGGAGUUUAAGACUUACGAUAACUUUGUUUCAUUAGUUGCAAAAUGUGUUUGGGAAAUAAGAGAUAAAGAUAGAAGAGGUAAGGUAUGGAAUGAACAGAUAAGACCCGCUAUGUUUGAGAUGAAGAAAACCAUUGACGCCUUAGUUGUUUUAGCAGGUAAGGUUUCAGAAUAUAAUGCAAAGUUGAACCCACAAUGUUCUAAAUGUAAAGCAGCAAUAAGGAAAUAUAACUACUCCGUCAAAGAGAUAGAAAGAAUGAGAAACGACUAUGCAGACUUAAAGAAAGAAGCAGAAAAGCCAGCAGAAGAUAAAAUGAACAUGUUAGAAUUUCUGAACAAAAACUAUCCAACAGCAGAAGAUUUCCUUCUAUCUGACGUCAAGAAGAAGUAUAAAGAAACCUUCGGUAUCGUUAAAACUUUUGACAUACUGACAGAAGAAAUAGAAGCUACGAAAUUGUUUAGGAUUUCAAAUAUACAUCGUACAAUUCAUGUGAAACGUUUAUAA